AUAAAUGUUACUGCAAAUCCUUAACAAAUUUUCUUUUUCGACAUGAUCGUAAUCUAACGUUGUUGUAGUCACAAUAAUGUGAUGCCCCCAUCGCUUUCACUUCUCAUUAGCCUCCCUCUCUUUACCUUUUUCUUCAUUCACUUUCUCUUUGUCUCAUUUCCUUUUUCCCCAAUUUUAUUCUACACACAACUGCUUAUAGAAAAAGCUCAAAACAGCUUAGGGUUUCUUUUGUUUUUCCUUGACAUAAAAUCCCCAGAUUUCUUCAUAAUCCAGUUCAGAUUGGGCUCUUUCUCAAGUUUUGCACGUAUCAUUUUUUGGGGACCAUUGACGUAUUUGAAGUGGGAGGGACAAGAUUAUCAUUUCCUUCUAUGAUGUUUUAGGAGUUUGAAGUUUAGAAUUUUUUUUUUGACCAAUGAUUGAUUAUGCAGUUAGAUUUGCAUACUGUUGGGAACAUAAUCUUAGCCAGGAAAAGCCGAGUCUUAAGGAAUCCUAGUUCAAGUGGCUUAUUGGAGUUGAAAUUUGCUUAAGUGCAUUCUUGUUUACCAUUAUUAUUCCUCAAAAGAUGGGAAUGUGAUAUGCCUUCUGCUUUGGUUCAAGUCUAGGGUGGAUAACUGUGGGCUUCAAUAAUUUCUUUGGUUUAGUUUUGUUGAGAUUUGACUAUGCUUGGUUCCUGAUAAGCGUGUGGAGUUUCAUACUUUGAUGAAAAUCUUAAACUAGAUUACUGAACAACCUUAGUGUGCCAACAGAAAAUAGCUAAUACGGGUGCACUUUGUUGUGUGGCCGCUGGGCCACAUGGAACAAAAUCACCCACUAACAGAAGGGACUGUUCCAUGGAUCGUAAUGAACCACAUUGGAGGACAAACACCAGUUUUUCUCCUCCUCCAUUGAGGAUAUGGGACUGUAGGUUACACUCAGAUGGUUUGUCACAUGGGUCGCAUGCUGCUGGUUUACACGGUUCAUCACUGUCUUCAAAUAGCAGAGGUAGCAGAAGCAAGGUAGGCAGUGAAGGGUACAUCAAUCAUCACCACUCUGUUUCUGAUGGUGCACUCUCUUAUUCUGGCAGCCCACCUUACAAUGCUCAGGUGCCACGAUGGACUUCGCCCAUUCCAAGGUUCAAUCCAGAGGAGCUCCUUGGCUCUAAUGUUGGAGGACCUGUGCCCCAGACCUCUUGGUUCCCUUGCUCCACUGAGCGGCGAUAUGCUGUUAAAGCAGCUACAGGAUCCCCUAGCUUUGGAUCCCCUUCAUCUUUCUCUGAAUCUAGUCACUGGGAAUCCACUAGCAAGCAACCCUUCUCUUUUCCCAAUCGCAACUUCUCUGGUAGGCGUUCUUACAUGACAAAAGCUGUUUACCCUCUAGUGUUUCGCAACCCUGUCUCAGAUUCCGAAGGCUUUGGUGAUGCCGACAUUAACAGUAUUGGCAAGUUAACACCUAACGAGGACCGCUUCUCACCAUUUCACUGGCAUGGAAACAGUUCUAGUGUUGAGCACAGGUUUCACAAAACACUUUCUGAACUUCAAAGGUCUGAAGCAUCACCAGACCUCAGUGCUAGCUCUAGAAGAGAAGGUUUUAGGUGGAGUAGUGCUAGCAGUUAUGAUCUAGGGUUAGAUGGAGAAAAGUUUGACAUUGCAGAGCAUGUUGAUGUAGAGAACCUGAGGUCCCCUAUUGGCCCUGUGGUAGACCACAAGUGUGGAGUUUGUGGAAAACUUUUGUGGCAGAAGUCACCCUGGAGUUCACAUCGAAUAAUUAGAGGUAGUGACAUGCCAACUGCUGGGAUUCUACCCUGCAGCCAUGUGUUCCACGCUGAAUGCUUAGAGCAAGUUACUCCGAAGUCCCAGAUUCAUGAUCCUCCAUGCCCAUUGUGCCUCAAAACCAUUGGACCACUAGAAGAAUCUGCAUCAGUUUCAGAACCUUUGCAAGUGGCUUUGAGAUCUUUACGAAGGAGCAGGGGUGCCAUGAUAUCUGAAGACCGGGAAGAUGAUGAAUUCUCAAAUCACAUCAAGGAAAAACUGAGAAGCAGGUCUCGGUCAGGCCCGAGAGGGAAUGACAAUGGUUCUUCGAUAAAAAAUCGUCUUAAGAAGCAUUUUACGUUUAAAGGAAAAAGUAAAGAUAUAUUUAGCACAAAGGUAUUCCAGAGGAUUGGAUCAUCUUCUUCUUCUAGCAGGGAAGCAGUUCGACGUCAAGUAUCUAUUCCAUAGUUUAUGUGAUUCACUUGCAAAUAGAUAGAUUUAGUCAUUUUCUGGACUCUUGCUACUUUCAAUACAUUAUCUUUUCCUAUGGUCAUUCUCAGGUUAGUAGCAAGGACAUCUCGAAUAUCUUAUUGCUUGCUUAAGCACAUUAUGAGUUGCAAGCAAGUCUGCUAAGUUUGUUCUAUUGUGUUAUUAAAAUGAGCUAUCAAUAUGAUUACACUGCAACAUACAGGUUUACUUUCCGUGCUUAAAUUGGAAAGUAUUCCAUUUUGUGUUCGUAGUGCAGAUGUAUGAAUGGAGGUGUUUGCUUUGAAAGCGCAUUAUUUGUAAUUGUAUGUUUAGUAUUAAUAUGCAAUGGGGUCAAAGGCCCAGCUAUAUGGCUUUCUUACUCUAA